UAUUUUUCUGUCACACACAAUAUUUAUUUGUUAUUGUAUAAUUUUGCUUUGAAGAAUUUAUAUUAAAUAGAUAAAAGCCGAAAACAGAGAACAGCAAAUAUGUUUGUGCUACAAUGCAUACUUAAAAUGAUGGAACGACAUGCUAUGUGUAAUAUUCAUGAACGUUCAAUGCACAUCAAGCGAUCGGAGAUGUAUAAGAUAUGUUUUCGUGUAUUAGGUGUACCUGAGACUGCUGAUCAAGACACUGUUCGCCGUGCAUAUAUUACAUUAGUUAAAAAGGUACACCCAGAUUCUGGUCAUGCGGAGGCAUCAACCGAACGCUUUAAAAUUGUGGACGAAGCUUUUAAGUUGCUACAAGAGAAGUUUGCAAAAAAUCGAAGAGGCAUAUAUCCAGACGAAGAAGAAAAGGUUUUCGACAUACGACACACCGCACCGCAGCAUCGUCAAUACUUAAGUUUUGACGGUCAGGGAAUUGGGAAUCCGUCCCAAAGAGAAAAACAGUACCAACAAAUCAAAGUUGUUACAGCAAGACAACGUGUACUUAACCAUGAAAUUGAAAAGUCAAAAGCUGGUGAAAACACAUUAAUGAAAAAAGGUACAUUUUUUGAAAAACAUAACACAAAAACAAAAUAUGGAUACGAACGUGUCGUCGAAGACCUCAUACAAGAAGCUAUGCUAAAAGGAGAUUUUGAUAAUCUCAAAGGUACAGGUAAACCGCUUCCUUAUGAGCAAAAUCCUUUUUUAGACUCUACAACAUACAAAUUGAAUAAGAUUUUAAAUGAGGGCGGUUUCAAACCCGAAUGGAUAGUGCUUCAACAAGACAUAAAAGACUCCAUAAAGAAGUUAAAGUACGAUAUUGAAGUGAAACGUUCAAACUUCGGCGAUUAUCCUUUCGACGAACAAACGAAUGCUAAAUGGAAUGUUGAGCUGGCAAAAUUUGAAGAUGAAGUCAAAAAAAUAAACAAAUGUAUCGACAAAUUUAACUUAAUCGCGCCAUUUAUAAGUAUCCAUUUUUUUCGUUUAAAACUAAAUACAUUAGCAGAAAAAAUUUUAUCCGAUCCAAGUGUGCCAAAGAAAGUUAAAGACGUAUCAACACUGAAAAGCCCGUCGUUAAACAAAUAUAACGUUGAUUUUUUUUCAUCUCUGUUUUCGAUUUUUGCAAGUAAAACCUAAUACGUAGUAAUAAUAUAUAUAUUAAUAAUAAUAUUAAUAUAUAUAUAUAA